AUUCGCUAUUUUGGCUUUACAGUGGAUUAAUCAUCCGUUUGGCUUCACGAGUUGCAUGUUAUAGGUUACCAGUCACCCGUUUUUCUUACCGGAACGAGGGAAUAGACCAAUGGAGGACGCCGAGGGAAGCCACUGGCUCUGCUUCUGCAGUCCGUUUACGUGUUUUCAACGCAAGUAUCGCAAGAGUGUCGAUGGAUCCAUCGUUACCAUCGUAAAAAGGGUACUCACGUGCUCGUCGUAUGAAGAAGACGACGAGGAAGAAGAAUCACAGGAUCCUCUUGAGGUUUUAAAGAACUGCUUCUCAAAUAUAAGAUGUAUAAAGAACGAAACCGAGGUGUUACAGACAAAAACCUACUUUAUAAAGAGAUGUGUUACCAAAGGGAAUCCUAUAAUGGAAUACAUUACUAAUGGAGUUUUGGAAGGGCUGCCCUUUGCUAAUUUAGUAAAGGGUAUUGAAGUAUUGCUGGAAGACGAAAAUGAACAAGAAAGUAGUGUAUUAUCCAUAGGAUCUCCAAUAUAUCUCGAUUUAUUCUCAGAGAUACACGUUAACAAGGAUCUCACAAGAGAGGAAAUUACUGAGGCCAUCACAGAACAUUUGACAGAUAAAUAUAAUGCGCUGAAUGAUAGAUUGAAGGAUUUACAACAGAAUUGUAACGCUUUCGAGAAAAAGGCAUGUAAUCAAUUGGAGGAUUUAAGAGACAAAUUUUUGGAAAUUGUAACUUCCAGGGGAGGAAACUUCAAGCUCUCAAAGUCAGACUUUCAGACAAUUUUAAAAUCCAGCAAUCCGGAGUUGGUCGAUGAAAUAUUCGAGACAUUGGACAAGGAUGAUAGUGGUGUGGUAGAUUGGGGUCAAUUUGAGCUUAAUUGCAGCACACUAAUUUGUGGUUAUUAG